ACGUUAUUUUAGCUUGACCCAAAAGUAAUGUUUUAAAAAAAAACAAUAAUACCAAUAUGUAAUCCAAGACAAUUUGACAACCCUGUGUAGUAGCGAUAUUUAAAUAGACUUACUUCCUGAACAUUUCAAAAUCGCAAGAGUGGUGCCAAAAUGCGUAUUACUCUGUCCCGGUUGGCCAGCUUCACUCCAAAACUGAAGGAGCUGCGGAUCAUACUGGAUCCCAAAGGAGACACUUCCAAGGGAGCCAGGGAAUACGUGGAAAGGUUCUAUCCGAACCUGAAGAAGAGUAAUCCCGACCUGCCGAUCCUCGUGCGCGAGUGCUCUGGCGUCCAGCCACGGCUAUACGCCCGCUAUGGCAACGGCAAGGAGGUGUCCCUCUCCCUGGCCAACCAGGCUGCUCCUGACAUACACAAAAACCUAGAAGCGGUUGGCAAAUAGAACUUACGCUGGGAAACUAUGUAGAUAAGGCACGAAAUAAAGGCAAAGCCAAAUGCUAUAUGCACACAUA